UGUAAUUUUGUUUUGGUUUUAUUACACAAAACAAGAAAUUGCUAUUUUUUGUUGUUGGCUUCCAUAAUAUAACUGGAGCGGAAAAAAUACUUGAAGGAAAACUAAAAUCAAAAUGAAACUAAUUGCCAGAAAAUGCGAUAGAAAAUUUGUUUUGCCGGAGGGUUUGGUGAUGCAGCUGGUGGUCUCUGCUUUGCUACAGCAAACCAGUUGUGUGUGGGGUCAGGGGGUGAGUUGUCCUGCGUGUGGCCUGGUCGACUACAGUGGUCUGAGGGGGAGCGAGGACUGUGGGGUGAAGAUGCUGGUUGCUGCUGAAAUGGGGGCUACUUAUGGCAUACAAGUCAAUGGCAGCCAAUGCGACAUGGUCGCCCCUCCUUCUGCGCCCUGUCCGGAGGAGAGUAACACCCACUGUCUGUUCCUGAAGACCUGUGCCACCAUUGAGGACAGUGACACUUCAUUCGGGGGCAUCUACGGCUCCUUCUGCGUACACAUGCACACGUGUCUGCGUACCCUGCUGGUUGGCAACCCCCUGGCAGCUGGCAUGCCAGACGGUGUCAUUUGUGGCAUGAUGGACAAUGACGGCGGAUGUAGCGACAUCAACAGCCAGUGGAGUGCACAGGGCUUGACUGCAUCCGGCUGCACUCUGGACUGUUGCGAGGCAUCCGGAAGCGACGAUUCCUGCAGGGCGCUCACCAUGGUUGACCACGUGGGUCAGAUCUGUGUAAAUGUGACCUACAGCAGUGACCUUGGGGACACUUCUUCAGCUGCCUACAGUGACCUGAAGAAUGAAGUGAUGGGGGAUGCAUACCCCUAUGCCUCAUGCACUAUCCACUCUUUUGUCACUCUCGCCAUCGACUCGGCAGCCGAGGAUGCGAUGUGUGUUGACGGAACUGUGUUGGCCUUCACGAUCAAGACUUACCCGGAAACUACAAUGGACGCAUGUGCGAUGCAGUCAUCUCUGGAUACCUACAGAGCCGAAAUCGGAACCACACACCCCGUGCAGUAUAUCAAAAUGACGGAAUGUCUCGGAGACGACGAUGAUGACGAUGACAAAGGAAGUCUGGCAACAGACACGCCCGCACCGACUGUACUCCUUGCGCUGGUCCUGUUGGUUUCUUCUGUCGUCUCUCCCAAGAUGAUGACAAAUCUUCUGGCCUAAAAUCAACAAAAAGCAAACACUCUAAAUCAAAAUAUUUGAACCCAACUUUAUUAGAGUCAAUUAUCUUCAACCACGAAUUUGGUCACAAAUUUCAUACCAAUCGACAGAGUGACCGCUGUUUUACAAGCGCGAUGAUAACUGAUUGGUGCAAAAUUGUUCAAUUCGGGAAGAUUUUGUGUAAAUGAAGCGUUGAAUGAGAAUAACUUUCGUUUUAAGUUUGAAACGAUCCAAUGACUUUAAUGCUGAUGCACUUCGACUAUUCUAAUUAAAAAUUUUUCCUUGA